CAACUCCCAUCAUGCCACGGGGACGUUUUUCCCGUCAUGCCGCGCGGCUCCGCGAAGAUGAGGCAAGAUGGCGACUAAAAUAAGCACAGAGAGCAGUCCCCCUCCUUUUGAUUGUCCGACAUGGGCAGGAAAGGCUCCUCAAGGGCUCCAUCUAGACGUGAUGAAAGGAGACAAACUGGUAGAAAAACUCAUCAUUGAUGAAAAGAAGUACUACCUGUUCGGGAGGAACCCCGACUGGUGUGACUUCACCAUCGACCACCAGUCCUGCUCACGUGUCCACGCCGCCCUGGUCUACCACAAACAUCUGAAAAGGGUCUUCCUCCUGGAUCUCAACAGCACACACGGUACUUUCCUCGGACACAUCCGCCUUGAGGCACACAAGCCUCAGCAGGUCCCCAUAGACUCUACGAUAUCCUUCGGGGCCUCGACGCGGACCUACACCAUCAGAGAGAAACCCCAAACCCAAGGCACUGCUGGUACAGGGGACAGUAAGGCAGGAGAGGAUGAGGAACUAAAAGGGCUGCUUGGGCUUCCAGAAGAAGAGACGGAGCUAGAGAACCUGACAGAGUUCAACACAGCUCACAACAAGCGCAUCUCGCUCCUAACCAUCGAAGAGGGAAACCUUGAAAUCCAAAGGCCCAAGAGGAAACGGAGGAGCUCCAGAGUUACUUUCAGUGAAGAAGACGCCAUCAUUAAUCCAGAGGAUAUUGACCCCUCGGUGGGACGCUUUAGAAAUAUGGUGCAGACUGCUGUCGUCCCUAUCAAGAAACGGAGAUCGGAGGGCCAUAACACCUUGGGUCUGGACGACAUGAUUUCAAAACGUAUCCACAGCUACAACUUGGGCGGGGGUCUCUACGGGGACUUGCCUCCCACUAAUCUCGAUAACCAGCCAACUGGAGCUCCUGGAGGUGCUUCCAUGCAGGGAGGGCUUCCCCUGCCCUUCCCUAAUCCAGCACCAGAGGUGGACCUGGCCCCAGAGGCUAACCAGCCUCCUGUCACCCUCAACCCUACCCCCGUUAUAGCCCCCUACCUACCAGAGACCCACAACGAGCCACGCAAAAAGAAAUAUGCCAAAGAAGCUUGGCCGGGCAAGAAACCCACCCCAUCACUACUCAUCUAACCAGUUUGUUAAAGCUGCUGACUCUCAGGUUACCAGUAGUACACCAUCGAACUGUGACCUGGCAGAGGUGGAGUCACUCGCUUCCCUUUUUUUAUUAAUUUGUUGUGUUACACAUUAUCAUCAGAAAGAAAUCACGCAAUUUAAUAUUGCCGCGUCUCAAGACAUCGUCCACUUUGAGUCAGCAGUUGAUAUUUUGGCAGGAAGAGUUCAAUCUUUGUGACUGUGAACGAAUAUAAAAGACAUCAACAGACUUGGCUGUGAGCAUCAAGUACAAGAUUGGCUAUGAAGUAUACCCGUGUGAGUGACAGGCUACGAGGAAAUCGUGGGUAAACAAGUUAUGCUUUUGAUGUGGUGGAUGUCAAGGACAGUUUUUUUCUACUAAACAUAUUUCAACAGUUUUUUCACGUCGUCAAUAUUUUGAUAAUGCUAUUAAAAAAAUGGCUUAAAAGUACUUUUGUAUGAGAUAUUUUAUUGUGAAAAGUCAAAGACGCCACACACAAAGUCAGUCUCUGAAAACACAGCUGCUUUUUAUUUUGACACAAUGUGAGGACGCGCCUGCAAAUUAUUCGGCCUUCAAGCCUGACUGAAGUGUUUUGCAUAUUUCCCAGAAGCCACAAGAAGCCGACUUGUGUUCACGGGUCUAUCCUGAGGUCUCACUGAAAACCUGCCAGUACAAUUGUUUGUGCUUGUUGCACUUCACCUCGUCCAAAAGCUUAAUGGCGUUCCAUGAAAGUGCUAUUUAAAGCCAUUAGGCAUUAAUUUGGGUUCUCCUGCAGAUGUUGAUCACGUGUCCUUAAACUUUUUUCCUGUAUAUUUUUUAACUGUUUGUUGCCGAUCUUCCAGCUUCAGUGUCCUGUAAAUACAUGAAGGUUCUUUAUUUUAUUUUCUACUGUGUUAAUUUUAAUUGUUACUGAGUAGCAACCUAAUUAAAUGGACUCCACAAUAACACAUACCAGGUUUGCGGCAAAAUAGCGAGAACAGAGAAGUUUGGAUGUAGGAAGUUUUAAUGGUAUUGUAGCAUGUUAGCAUCUCUCACAUGCAACAGAGUCUGGUGCAAAUCUGUUAAUGUUUUUGUUUUACAGAGCCAAACUAAGAUAUAGGCGUUAAAUACACACACAGUACACCAUGUAGUCUAUAGUCAAGAUGAGAUCCUAUGAAAUGGCGCAAUCACUUUUAUUAGUUGUUUUUUGCUAUUAUUGAAAGUUGAGAAGGGUUAAUGGUAAUCGCACCUAGUAUAUGGCUUUUCAUUUCAACGAUGCCUCCUUGAUCCCCAUUGUAUUCCCUCUUAAAGGAAUGAGUGUUAAAUGGGCUAUCAAGGCAAUUUUAUUGUUAAAAGAGCUCUCAGGUUAUCCCUGCUAGUGUCCCCAACCAGUUAAUUGCAGGUAAAUGACGCUCAACAGUUCACACAUGAGGAGCAGAGGUGAGGAGCCAGGAUUUUGAGGAAAAACCCAACAAAGACCACGCCCUGGCUCAAAGAUAGGAAGGACAGUGCUGGUUGUUUUACCACGAGGGAUCAUGUUUAGUGUAAACUUGGCUCGUAGUUAUGUAAGAAAGGUUGGUCAUAGUUAGAAGAACAGGCAUGUGGUCGCCCACAAAGACGCACUGCUUUCCAGAAAGAGCAGCUUUCCCUGAUAAUACAUUGGCUGCUUCACAGGAUCCUCAAAUAAAUGAAAGACUGAAUAUUCAAGAUAGUGUUACCUUUUUUUGAACUGUGCUGGUGACUUUUUUUGUCAUUGUUGGCCUGUGGAUUUUGUAAUCAUAUUACUGUAAAUAAAGAAAUUACUUAAUUUUGACCCAUAAACUCUACUGUGUUUUAA